AUGCACGGGCGCAGGCGCGGCCGCGCGAGGAUAAACUUUGGCCACGGCAGCGAAGCCCCGCCCUGCCAAACGCGCGCCGGCCGCAGAUGGGCCGGGGAGGAUUCGCCGAGGCUCGUGUUCCGGUCGCAGGUCACAAAGGUCAGGGCGCGCGCCGGCGGCGCCCAGCAGCGCACGUGCGUCGGCGAGUGGGGGCCCGGCGCCAAGGGCUGGGAGUUCAGCAAGGGCGCCAUCAGGACCCCUUUUGAGGCCGGCGUCGUCAUCAAUUAUGAGACCCAGGAGGCACUGCUCGAUUACGCAUUCGACCGCCUGGCGGUGACGGGCGGCCGGGUGGACCACCCUCUCGCGGUCACCGAGCCGCCCCUGAACCCACACGGCGGCCGCGCCGCCUUUGCUGAGCUGGCGUUCGAGACCUACGGGGCGCCUGCGCUGCAUUUCUUGGACCCGGGGGCGGCGGCGUUCAGCCUCUACCACUCGCAGGGCAGCCUGGGCUCGUCGGGCAUCGCCGUCGUGGCCGGCCACAGCAGCACGACAGUGGUGCCGGUGCUCGACGGCCGCCCCGCAUGGCACGCGGCAGCGCGGUCGGGCGCGUCCGGGGCGCUGCUGACCGACCAGAUGCAGCAGCUGCUGCGGCUCAGGUACCCCCACCUGGCGGCCGGACUGCUGACAGACCAGCUGUGCGAGGCGCUCAAGGAGCGCCACUGCGCCGCGGCGCCGGACUACGGCGCGGCCCUGCGCGCGGUGGCGGCGCAGCCGGGCACCGCAGGCGGGCAGGGUGUCCUGAUCCGGCUGCCGCAGACGGGGCCUGUCGGGCCCACCGCCGAGGAGCUUGCACAAUUAGAGGCCAGGAGGGCCGCGCGGCUCGAGGAGGCGCGGCGGCGGGGCAAGGAGCAGGCGAAGCUGCGGCGAGAGAAGCAGCUGCGCGAGAAGCAAGAAUAUCUGGACUACAUGCUGGGCCUGCGGCAGCAGGUCGACUCGACCAAUGACGCGGAAGCUAAGCGGCAGCUGCUCGCCGGCGGGCAGUUCAGGGACGUCGCCGACUUGGAAAAGUACAUAUCAGAGGCCCAGCAGCAGAUCGAGAAGCUCACGGCCACCAUCGCCGCCGCCGCCGCGGCGGCGGCGGCGGCGGGCGCGGAGGGCGGCGCGAGGGAGGGUUCGGAGGAGCCGAUGGAGGUGGAGGACGAGCAGCAGCAGCAGCAGCAGCAACAACAGCAGCAGCAGCAGCAGCAGCAGCAGCAGCAGCAGCAGCAGCAGCAGCAGCAGCAGCAGCAGGGCGGCGAGGGCGGCGGCGAGGGCGGCGAUGGGAAAGGAGAGGCGGGCGGCCCGGGGACCGGCGAGGCGGCUGCGGAGAAUCCUUAUCCACUGCUGGGGAUCCCUGAUGCCGAAUUGACCGAGGAGCAGCGCAGGGAGAAGCGGCGGCAGGCGUCGACAAAGGCGUCGAUCGAGGGCAAGGCGCGCGCGGCGGCGCGGAAGGAGGAGCGGCUGCGGUUCCUAGCUGACAGGCAGGCGCGGGAGGACGCGGCGCGCGCGGCGGACCCGGCGGGGUACGUCGUCGGCCUGCGCCAGCGCGUGGCGGCCGGCGCGGCACGGGCGGAGGCGCGGCGGCGGCGGCGGCUGGGGCUGCCGGCGGCGGGCGGGGACGGGGCAGGGCGGCGGGGGGGGAGCCAGAGGAUGGACUCGGAAAAGAGGGCCCGCAUGCGCCUCCUGGCGCAGGCGGCCGGCGGCGCCAAGAAGAAGCGCGGCGGCGCCAAGGCGGGCGGCCCCAGCGGCAAGCAGCGGCGCGGCCGCGACGGCAGCAGCGAGGACGACGGGUUCGGCGCGGACGACGCUGACUGGGACGUCUAUAGGCAGAUGCAUCCAGAGAGCAGCGACUCAGAGGCCGAAGCAGCCGAGGAAGAGGAGCUCGCUUGGCUCGCGGAGCGGUUGAAGCAGAUCGGAGGGGACGACGGCGCCGCGACAGCAGCGCAGGGGCCCCUCGGCGCGGCAGGCGGUGAGGCGGCUGGAGGCGCCGCCGACGGCGGCUUUGGCGAUGGCGCGGAUACGAGCGGCGGCGCCUUCGCGCCGCUGCUGGCGCCGCUGCAGCCGCGCGGGCCGGGGGCCGGUGCCCCGCACGCGGCCGCGGCGACGCCCGCGAUCCGCGGCGCCGUGGCCGCCGCCGUCACCCCCGGCGCCAGCGCGCGCGGCACGCCGGAGCCGUCCGCGGCAGCCGCCCUGGCGCGCGGCGCCACGCCGGAAGCUCCCGCGGCGGCGGCCGCAUCAGCAGCGACAGCGGCCGCCCAGGGGGAUGCGUCUUACAUCCUUUUGGGAGUCGAGCGCUUCAGGGUGCCCGAGGUGCUGCUGCAGCCGCCGCUGGCGGGACUUGACGAGGCUGGGCUGCCCGAGCUGGUUGAGUCGUGCCUGGGGCGCCUGUCCGCGCAGGAGCGCGCCGCGUGCAUCGCGGGCGGCCUGCUGCUCGUCGGCGGCGGCAGCGGCUUCCCCGGGCUUGCGCGGCGCCUGGAGUCCGACCUGACCGCCCGCCUGCCCUACGGCUCCCCGAUGCGCGUCGUCGCCAGCGAGCGGCCCGCUCUUGACCCCUGGCGCGGCGCGGCGCACGUCGCGGGCUGCGCGUUCGGCGGCGGCGCGGGCGGCGGGUGGGGCGGCGCGCUGACGAGAGACGAGUAUGAGGAGCGGGGCCCAGAGUACGUGAAAGAGUAUGCGGGCGUUGUCUAUUGGUGA